AUGUUGUCGUCUUUUCUGGCAAACACUUACAACUACCAGCACCCAGACAACUCGCACCUUUUCUUCCCAGCGCCGCUCAACGUCCCCCAGUUCUCAUACGGUAGACAACCCACAUUUCCCCCUUCGUCGACACCAUCCACAUCAACGACACCAACGACACUGACAACAUCAUCAUCCCCAUCAGAAGCCUGCAGCAUGGAGGUGAAGCAAGAAGCCGAGGAGGAAGCCAUCCCCGUGGCAAACACGUCCUCCGCCACCAUAAAGUUCUCCAUAGACAAUAUUCUGGGUCUGAGAUCGGAGUCCGACAAGGGGGACAGUGCCAAUGGUGAUGUUCCACAACAACCUAUGUGUGGUGACGAAGACGAAGCAGACGACAACCAAGGAGUUCUGGAUGAAGAGUAUCCAAGAUUUCCCUGGCUUCAGUGUACCCGCUACAAGCCACCAAAAUUGCCAAGACUGAAGAAGAAGGAUGGGGUGAAAAGGAGGAAGCUCGGCCGCAACCCACGUGUUCCUUUCACUCAACAUCAGGUGGCAGUUUUAGAGGAGAAGUUUCGCCGAACUCACUACCUCAGUAGCAUGGAUGUUGCCGAACUGUCGACAGCGCUCAACCUAUCAGACAACCGGGUGAAGAUCUGGUUCCAGAACCGGCGUGCACGUGAACGUCGCGACAGAGAGGCAGCGCAGACGUCAGCACUUUUCCCGCCCAAACCAUCCCAGCCUCUCAUGGUGCCUUCAGUCACAUGGCCCAUCCCCUCAACAACCACUAACACAGCUUUCGCCCAACUCCGCACAGCCAUCCAGCAGAGUCGAGGGAGCUUCCUCCCCUCAGCGUUCAGUCUCUACCUCCCUCGCCCCACGGGGCAGGACGGGGGCAAGUGUAACGUGGACACAACCGACGAUCGUUCCGACAAGUACUGUAGUUGA